AUGCCAAACCUCGAGGGCGAGAUGCUCGUCGAUGAGUUUGAACAGUACGACAAUGACCGCACCGAUGAAAUUGUCGUGUCCCGCUCCGGUUCCGAGGAGGAGCCUGAGGCCGAACUGGUUGCCAAUGACUAUGACGCCAUGAUGGCCCGCGUCCUUCCCAAGGAUCCCGAACUUGAGGUUGAAGCCGAGGCACACCACACAUGGCAUAUAACGGACUGGCGGAGGUUGAAAAAGAAGGAACAUGGCCCUGUUUUUGAAUGUGGAGGGGCUCCAUGGCGGGUUCUGUUCUUCCCAUACGGUAACCAAGUCGACCAUGCAUCAUUCUACCUUGAACAGGCAUGGGAUAAAGACCCCCCGGAAAACUGGUAUGCCUGCGUCCAGUUUGCCUUGGUACUCUGGAACGUCAACGACCCUUCCAUCUACGUCUCCCACGUUGCCACGCAUAGGUUCAACGCCGAAGAAGCCGACUGGGGCUUCACUAGAUUCUGUGAGCUGCGAAGACUCUUCAGCAUCCAGUGGGAAGGCCGGGGAGUGCCGCUAGUCCAGAACGACGAGGCCAAAGUCACCGCCUACGUGCGGGUCGUCAAGGAUCCCACUGGUGUGCUAUGGCAUAGCUUUCAAAACUACGACUCCAAGAAAGAAACCGGUAUGGUGGGGUUGCGGAACCAAGGAGCCACCUGCUAUCUCAACUCCCUUCUACAGUCAUUAUACUUUACCAACGCAUUCAGAAAGGCCGUUUAUAAAAUCCCUACCGACGAAGAAUCGAUCAAAGCCAACAGCGCGUGGACAUUACAGCGGCUGUUCUAUAACCUGCAAACCAACGAAAAUGCCGUCUCAACCACCGAACUUACAGCGUCAUUUGGCUGGGAGUCGCGCCAGAUAUUUGAGCAACAGGACGUCCAAGAGCUGUGCAGAAAACUAAUGGAAAGGUUAGAACAGAAGAUGAAGGGAUCAUCCGUGGAAACGGCCCUUCCAGAUCUUUUCGUGGGAAAGAUGAAAACCUAUCUUUCGUGCAUCAAUGUCAACUAUGAAUCUUCUCGCGUGGAAGACUUUUGGGAUAUUCAGCUCAACGUUCGAGGCAACAAGACAUUGGAUGACAGCUUCAAGGACUACAUCCAAGUGGAGACUCUCGAAGGCGAGAACAAAUACGAUGCCGGCAAACCCUAUGGCCUCCAGGAUGCACGAAAAGGAGUCAUCUUCGAAAGCUUUCCCCCUGUACUCCACCUUCACCUAAAACGAUUCGAGUACGAUAUCAACCGUGACGCAAUGAUGAAACUAAAUGACCGACACACCUUUCCAAUGGACUUUGACGUGACUCCCUAUCUUUCGGAUGAUGCAGAUAAAUCAGAUUCUUGGGUUUAUCAGCUGCAUGGCGUGCUCGUACAUAGUGGUGAUUUCAAUGCUGGUCACUACUAUGCUUUUUUGAAACCAACCAAGGAUGGUCAUUUCUACCGGUUCGAUGACGAUAAAGUCAUUCGAGCAACGGACAAGGAAGUCCUAGAAGAGAACUUUGGUGGGGAUUACGAUUUCUCAAAUGGCACCACGAAGCAGCAGCAGCAAUAUGCCAGGGGCAUGUCAGCGAAACGUUCAAUGAAUGCAUACAUGUUGGUCUACAUUCGAAAGUCUCGCUUGGAUGAUGUACUACUCCCAAUCACAACGGAAGAUGUACCCUCACACAUUGAGACGCGCCUUGCCGAGGAGCGCGUGGAAUUGGCUCGACGGAAGAAAGAACGGGAAGAGGCUCACCUUUAUAUCAAUGUCGGUAUCCUCGAUCGGGAGACAUUCCAGGCUCAUCACGGCUUUGACUUGACGAGCGUCGAGCUCCCCCCUGGAGAUCCCGCUUUGCCAAAGACAUAUCGAACCUUGCGGACCAAAAAAAUUAGCGAGUUCGCAAAGGACUUGGGCGCCGAACGAGGUCUUGACCCGAAGACUUUGCGAUUUUGGGUCAUGGUGAAUCGACAGAACAAAACCACGCGGCCUGAUCAAGUUAUCCAGAACCCCGAGAUGACGAUCGAAGAUGCCUGGAAUCGACUCGCUACUAAAGGAAACGCUUUCAAAUUGUGGAUGGAAGUAGGCGAGCUUGGCUCCGACGGUACAGUAUCGUGGCCGGACCCCAGCACAUCCGUUCUUGUUUUCUUGAAACAUUUCGACGUCUACCAUCAAACCUUGUCUGGCGUUGACUCGGUCUACGUUCGCAAAUCCCAGAAAGUUGGAGAUAUUGCCCCCACGAUCCUUAAAAAGAUGGGCUGGCCGGCUGGGACUGAAUUUUCGCUUUUUGAGGAAAUCAAACACACGAUGGUCGACCCAAUGAAACCCAAGCAAACCUUUCAACAAUCUGAAAUCCAGGAUGGCGACAUCAUUGCUUUUCAGAAGGUCUGGAAAGAGUCGGAGCUUCCCUCCACCGCACUAUAUACCGAAACAAGACAGUACUACGACUAUCUUCUAAACCGGAUGAACGUAAAAUUCGCUCCUCUGAAGCGACAGGGAGAUGAGUUCACGCUCACCCUGAGCCGGAAGAUGACGUACGACCAAUUCUCGAAAAAGGUCGGUGAGUAUUUGAAUAUAGACCACAGCCACCUACGAUUCUCGCCAGUCCUCGCAAACAAUGGCAAGCCCAAGCAGCCUAUCAAGCGCACUGUCAACCAAACACUCUACCAACUUCUGAGUGGCCAAUAUGGAACCUAUGGCUAUAGCAUGCAUUUGCCAGAUGCGCUAUACUACGAAGUUCUCGAUACUAGCCUCAGUGAAUACGAAACCAAGAAGUCUCUAAAGAUCACAUGGCUUUUCGACGGAAUCAACAAGGAGACGAGCUAUGAGCUCCUUGUUCCUCGAAAUGGAAUCAUUGGUGAUCUUCUAGUGGCGCUUCAGAAAAAAGUCGAUUUAGAUGACGAGGAAAUCAAAAAGGUCCGCAUCUACGAGGCUAAUACCGGCAAAAUUUACAGAGAGCUUCCCGAGGGCUCCGAUAUUUCUAGGUUGAACGAAUACGUCUCCCUGUAUGCCGAGAAGAUUCCCGAUGAGGAGUUGAACAUGCAGGAGGAUGAACGCCUCAUCAAUGCGUUCAAUUUUGAUCGAGAGCCAACCAAGGCCCACGGAAUCCCCUUCAAGUUUGUUGUCAAGCCUGGUGAGAUAUUCAAAGAGACCAAAGAGCGACUAUCGAAGCGCACAGGAAUUAAAGGCAAGCAAUUCGAAAAGAUCAAGUUUGCCAUUGUUCCUCGUGGAAUGUAUCAAAAUGCGAAGUACCUUGAAGACGAUGAUAUUCUCUCAGACGUGGCCGCUGAGGCAGACGACCUUCUUGGUCUUGACCAUGUAAAUAAGAACAAAAGCUCCUGGGGCAGAGAAUCUUUCUCCAUCAAAUAG